ACAUACAACUGCUAAUUUACCUGUCCAGUCUGUACACCAAAUGCACUUCUUUGUGUUAUCUUUAACUUCUUUAAUUUAUUGUUUUUUGUUAAUCAUAACUUUUCCUACAGUCUACUAUUUCUACUACUAACUGUUUAGUCUGGGUGUAAAUGAAGGACCUUAUUUGAUUACCGUUGAGCAUGUACCAUAUGUUUUAUUUGAGGACUUUGCUGCACCCUGAGGUGAUCUGAAGCUUUGACACCACCUAACAGGUGAUUCGGUCUCAUUCACUCCUAUCUGUUGAAUCUCCACCAUGGAAGUUCGAAGUGUGGGUUUUACAUUGACAUGUUUAAUGGCUCUGUUAACACAUAAUGGAGAGUACAACAUGACAGUGAUACAGCCUCAAACAAAUGAUCUGAAGAAACAAAAGGGUCAAAACCUGCAACUGGAGAAGAUUUUUCAGCUAGUUUUAUUUUUCAGACCUCCAGGAUGUAUGUAAAGGAUGGAUUAUCACCUACUGUACUCAGUGCCGUCAGUGGAUCCUUUCCCCCACGCACUCUCGUCAUCCUCACCAUGUUUCUUCUUAUACAGACUUGUGGAGGGGCUGAGGAGACUUCCCAUGAAUGGCCAUAUAUGAAGGUUGACACAGAACCAAAAGCUCCUCUACCCAGUUAUCUUUCUGAACAUCCCAUCCUGUUGGGUUUUGGUGUGCUUGCAGUUUUUGCAAUCCUUCUAACAAUAUGUUCCUUUUGUAACAAGAGUACAGGAGUCACAGAGAAUCCAUCAGCAGAAUCCCAACAAUCUCCUCUUGAUAGUCCGACAGAAGUAUUAGUACAUUCUUCAAAAAAAGAGAAAAAGAAGAUUGUUUCUAAACUGAUGGAACAGAAGAAAGACGUUGUGAAACUAAUGGAGGAUCUCCAGUCACAGUGUUUGGAAGUAGACAGAGAAAAGGUGGAGAACAAGGAGAAGCUUCAGUUAGUGGAGAAGGAACUCGAGAAUGAGACAGUCGACAACAGACAGGAGUUAUUAAGGGAAAAAGAAAAUCUUUUAGAGUCCAAAUGGAAACUUGAAGAGAAGAAGACAAACAAGGAGAAGGUGCUGCUGCAGACAGAGAAACUACUGCAGAUAAUAGAUGAUGUGACUGGAGAAGAGGAUCACUACAUUGUUUCUAAACUGUUGGAACAGAAGAAAGACAUUGUAAAUCUAAUGAAGGAACUCCAGUCACAAUGUUUGGAAGUCGACAGAGAAAACAUGGAGAACAAGAAGAAGCUUCAGUUAGUGGAGAAGGAACUCGAGAAUGAGACAGUCCACAACAGACAGGAGUUAUUAAAAGAAAAAGAAAAUCUUUUAAAGUCCAAAUGGAAACUUGAAGAGAAGAAGACAAACAAGGAGAAGGUGCUGCUGCAGACAGAGAGACUACUGCAGGCAAUAGAUGAUGCGACUGGAGAAGAGGAUAAACUCCAGUCACGGGGUGGAAGUUGACAGAGAAAAGGUGGAGCACAGGGAGAAGCUUCAAUCAGUGGCGACGGAACUACUGCAGACUAUAGAUGCUGCGACUGGAGAAGAGGAUCACUACAUUGUUUCUAAACUGAUGGAACAGAAGAAAGACAUUGUGAAACCAAAGAAUGAACUCCACUCACCAUGUUUGGAAGUCGACAGUUAAAAGGUGGAGAACAAGGAGAAGCUUCAGUUAGUGGAGAAUGAACUUGAGAAUGAGACAGUCCACAAUAGACAGGAGAGAUUAAGGGAAAAAGAAGUCCAAAUUGAAACUUGAAGAGAAGAAGACAGACAAGGAGAAGGUGCUGCUGCAGACAGUUGGAUAAUCUCCAAUCACAGGGAACAGAAGUCAACAGAGAAAAGGUGGAGCACAGGGAGAAGCUUCAAUCAUGCUGCGAUUAACAAAAUGAAGGGACGAAAAACAGUCUAGUGUCUCAGGUUGACCGUUAUUAGAACAGGGCCCUGAUCCAUUUACAGUUACUCAAGUCAUUACAUCUGCAAGUGAGUUAAUAAUAAGUAAAUAAGAAUAAGGGUUAAAUAUAACAAAACCAAUUUUAGGUUUGGUGAUAGUUUAGUAAGUGGGACAGGAUUAUACUAUUUUCUAAAAUUACUGUAACAAUUAGAGAUGCAACAGCUGUUCUAAAGCUACUAAAUUUGAAAAAAGAAAAAAAAAAACGCUGCUACCUGAAUCUUUUGUACAUUUUCCUAAUAAUAAUUGAAGUCGAAACCUAGCAUCUGAGAUUUUUAUAAAAAUGCUGAUUUAAAUGAAUCUGAUUUAUAUUCUGUGCAAUUUUUAUGUGACUUGGGUGAUUUGGGUUGUGUGUAAGACCGAUGCUCAACAGUUUCUUUUUGCAGUUAUAGAAAUAAAAACCUGUGUCACAGUG